AUGGAGAGACCCAACUCAUCUGGACCUGAAGCAGGCAAGGCCUCCGGGAGCAGUGGGGAAUCCUGGGAAAGAACUACGCAGACGUUCCUGGAUGCAGACACACAGCGCCAGCGCUUCAGGCAUUCCUCCUUCCGAGAGGGCGAGGGACCCAGAGAGGUUUGCAGCCGCCUCCACUCUUUCUGCCGCCAAUGGCUAAAGCCAGAGCAACACACCAAGGCGGAGAUGCUGGACCUGGUGAUCCUGGAGCAGUUCCUGAGCAUCCUGCCCCCAGAGAUGGGGAGUUGGGUCCGAGAGUGUGGGGCAGAGACCUCUUCCCAGGCGGUGGCCCUGGCAGAAGGCUUCCUCCUGAGUUGGGCAGAGGACGAGAAGCAGGAAGGACAGGUGAGAGCAUUGCCUCUUGGGUUCACUCACCUUGGGACUGAUGGAGAGAUUACAGGUACAUCCUGCCUUCCUUCCAAGAUGGGACCCAUGUGAGGGAGAAGCCGCACU